UCUUUUCUCUCUUCUCUCUUCUCAAACCCUAAAAGUGGCUGAACAAGCAAAACCUAGAACACGCCUCCCCGCCGUCCAAACAGUAUACCAACUAUGUAUGUAUAAGAACAUACCGGAAAAGAGAAAUCUUGUGUUUCGCAAGCUAGGGAUUUUGUUGAGGGGGAACUCGAGGAUGUGCUUUUCUGCAUUUCCAUCCAUUGAAACAGAGGUUGUUUUUAGAGAUACUUUGAACACACCAGUAGUUAUGUCAUCGAAUCGAAAAAUUGCUUUCAUGUUUUUAACGCUGGGUUCUCUACCGUUUAAAAAAUUAUGGGAUAACUUCUUCCAAGGUCAUGAAGGGAAGUUAUCCAUUUAUGUGCACGAGUAUCGGACCAAACCAAUUCAUGUGAGCCGUAACUUUGUUGAUGGUUGAUGCAGAGCGACGACUCCUGGCAAAUGCACUACAAAAUCAUCAUAACGAGCACUUUGUUUUACUUUCUGGUUGAUUUUUUCUUUUACUGUGUUCUUGAUUAAUACGCUACUUACAUUUUGAUUUUAGCUUUCGUGAUCCUGGUCCCCUUGGCAAUGGCAGAUAUCAGAACGCACGUUACCUAAAGUCGAGAUUAAGGACUUCAGAAUGGGUGCUCAGGUACAUUUUUGCAUCAACGACCCGUUUGAAUUGAUUUAUUCGUACUCAAAUAGUAAAGUUUUGUACCAAAACUGUGUUUAAGAUCGAUAAUUUUUACAGUAGUUCUAACAGCAACAUGCUAUUAUGGUAAUGGCGAAUCACUU